CACCCCAACCCUCCUCCGUACUGCAAACAUCCUAACCCUCCUCCACACUGCCAGCACCCCAACCCUCCUCCGUACUGCAAGGGCCUUCACGCCCCUACUCACUGUUGGCACCCAAACUCUCCUCUGCACUGCCAGCACCUCAACACCCCUCCUUACUGCCAGCACCCCAAUGCCCCUACCUACUGCCAGCACCCCAGCCAUCCUCCUUAUUGCCAGAACCCCAAAACAUUUCACUGCCAGCACUCCAACGCUCCUCCUCACUGCCAGCACCCCAACCCUCCUACUCAUCGCGAGCACCCCUACGAUCCUUACUGCCAGCACCCCAGCCAUCCUCCUCACUGGAAGCACCCCAACCCUCCUCCUCACUGGAAGCACCCCAACCCUCCUACUUACUGCCAGCAGUCCAGACCCGCUCCUCACCACCAGCAGCCCAACCCUCCUACUCUCCACCACCUCAAUCCUCCUACUUACUGCCAGCACCCCAACACUCCUACUUACUGCCAGCACUCCAACCCUCCUCCUCACUUCCAUCAUCCCAACCCUCCUACUCUCCACCACCUCAAUCCUCCUACUUACUGCCAGCACCCCAAUCCUCCUGUGAAACAAUAG